AUGAGAACGGCCGGGUCCUUGGCGAUAGUGCAAGAGACGGAGAAAGAUGACCUUGAGCGAGACGAUGGCAGAGGCGUAAAUUUGAGAGCUUUGGAGGGCGAUCUCAAAUGGGUCAACUGGGAAGAGGAAGACGAUGACGAAGGAGCUGAAGAAACGGAGGUUCUGAAUGUAGCAACGGUGCCUGAGGCUGCCAUUACUGAAUCUCUCUUGGAUUUCGAUAAAGAACCAAGAUGGAUACUAAAAGGGUUUCAAGAAGCCAACCAGACAGUUUAUCGAGUCUACCAGAUAUUUCAAGGUCAUGUCAUUGAAAGUUUUGAGAUUCAUCUCUCCAAUCCAGUGGAAUUCGUGGCAGAUAUUGAGUACCUGAUCAACUUUGCAGUCUCUAGACGAAUGAAGAAGUUAGUUCUUGAUUUUUCCAUCCCUUCUUUGAGAACCACUCUUGAUGCAUUGUUGCAUGGAGUUGUUUUUGAAUUGCCAGCAAGUUUUUACGGUCUAAAAACCCUAGAGUCAUUGUGUAUUUCGGCGUGCGGGUUUGACCCCUCCAGAUUCACAAACCCAGAACUACUACGAAGUCUCUCUAUCAGUUGGUUAAGUCUCAGACAAGUCGAAUCUUUGCUAUCUAAGUGUCCUUUGCUCGAGAGUCUAAGUAUCAAACACUGUUGGGACCUUGAUAUCAUGAUGAUAGCCGGGAAGAUAAGAGAAUUGGUCUUCGUGAACUGCGACUCCCCUCUGAAGUCUUGUUCUUUUGACUUGCCUAAUAUAGAGAUCUUCAAGUACACCGGAUAUAUGAUAUGCCUUCAUUUCAUGAGUGUGAAUACGAUGAUGAAAGAAGUAUACUUGGAUUUUGAUGAAGAGAGAGAACUUGAUACAGACCCAUUUGCAAUCUUCUUACACAAAGCAGGAGGAAAAUUUGUUUCUCGUCUUCUUAACGCUUGUCGAUUUGCUAAGACCUUAACCGUUUGUCCGUAUCUCCUUCAGGUGAUUCAAGAAUGUGACAUUCCAGCUUUUUUGCUUCGUGAUGUGGAUGUACGAUAUUUGGUGCUGAGAACAAAGAUGCAGCCUAAAGAGUUUAUGGGCAUUCGGCUCCUUCUCGAUAAUUGCCCCGACUUGGAGACACUUACUAUCGACCAUGUACAUCCAACGCCAAGCGCCUCGCCAAGGACUUAUUCAUGUCAUAGCAUCGAUCCACAAAUACACUGGCUUCAAAACAUUUCAUACAGGUGUUUGAGAAGGACUCUCAAGGUCGUUGUGUGUAAGAACUUUAUUGGUGACUUCGACCAGUUACAGCUGUUGCAGUAUUUGAUCCGGACCGGGGACCUGUUGGAAAGGGUCGAUGUUUACGUACCAGAUGCAGUCAUGAAGUUAGGGGAAUGGUGGGUUCGUGAUCAAGUCAUGACGUUGGAGAAAACGACGAACCGUGCGAAGAUAAUUCUACACAGCGCUUGA